AAUAACUGUGAAACAUGCUUGAAAAAAAAAGAAAAAAAAAGACUUAAAUUAUUAAUUAUUAACAAUUAUCAUUUUGAAUCACUUUUGAUAUAUUUGUGGUGCUUAAAGUCCGAAGUGUUGGUAUAUAGUUUUGCGUAAUUUUUUUUUAUUAUUUCUUAAAAACAAGCAGAGAAGCGAUUCUGUUUAGAAUGUGAUUAAGUCGACAAUAAAUAAAGUAUUAAUAAAAUACAAUUAAAACAUCUUGUUUUAUCAAAACCUUUUGUUUUAUCAAGCUUUAUCUUUUAAACCAGAUUUAUUCUCCACAAAAAUUCCAGAAUUAAAGCGCAUCGGUUUGAAGUUCCCGGGUUCCUCCAGCGUCCCUACAUUCAGCGCGCGUUCUGCCUCAUCCAGCUCGUGCUGUGAAUGGACGGCUGCCGUUCUUUUCCGGCUACACCUGCUCAUCCCACCAGGAAGUGCUGGGCGAUAAAUCCUAAAGUAAUAAUCCCUUUUACCUGGAGCGAGAGGAGCGAACAAACAUUAUUAUGCAGUGCAUCCGGGGAAAGCCCUCCGAUUAGAUUCAUGUGAUCGACGCGCGCGAUUAAUGCAGGGUAAAAAACACACCGUCAACUCCCUGCAAGUUGGGGUUAUUGUUUUCCUGCGGUGUAGCGUUUAGUUUUUUUGCGGUCCUAACCUCCCUCCGGCAAUGGGAUGCUGUGGAAGCGCAGAGAGGCCAAAAAGAGAAUGGAAACCUUUGGAGGACCGGAGCUGCACGGAUCUGCCAUGGUUCCUGUUAUUUACAUUGUUCCUUGUGGGAAUGUGUGGCAUCUGUGGGUUUACCAUCGCGACUGGAGGGGCGGCGCGGCUCGUCUUCGGAUAUGACAGCUACGGGAACACGUGCGGCCAACGCAACGAGCCCAUUGAAGGGGUCCGGCUGAGUGGUCUCGACCAUACUGACAGAAAAUUCGUCUUUUUCCUGGAUCCGUGCAACAUAGACAUCAUUCAGAGGAAGAUAAAGUCCAUGGCGCUGUGUGUGUCACAAUGUCCCACAGAGGAACUGGCGACUUACUAUGACCUCAAGAGAUUUGCCAUGAUGAAUGGGUCUGAGCUUUGUUCAUAUGAGUUACCUGGUCAUAAGUACCCAAGCCUUCCAGAGCGCUUCGAAAAGUGUCCCAAACUUCCAGUACCAGAGAGCAAAGCUCUUCCAGUGUUUAACCGCUGCACGCCGGUGGAUAUUUCCUGCUAUGCUAAGUUUGCUGAAGCGGUGGUCACGUUUGUCAGUGAUAACAGCAUGUUAAACAGGCUGAUUGCCGGGGUGGCGGCCAGCAAAGAGAUCAUUGUUGGGCUGUGUCUGCUGGCGUUAGUUUUGUCCAUGAUCCUCAUGGUGAUCAUUCGUUACAUCUCUGCUGUCCUGGUUUGGAUCCUCACUGCACUGGUGGUUCUGGGUUCCCUGGGAGGUACCAGCGUUCUGUGGUGGUUGUACAUAGACUAUAGAAUGACAAUGAAUGAGACCAUGACUAAAGAUCUGAGGGAAACAGAAGAACCCAACGGUGGCAUGAAGACCACCAAAGACCACGCUCAAGGACUGCUCAUCUACGCUGUUUCAGCGACUGUGUUCACUGGAAUUUUGUUGCUUCUGAUGUUGUUUAUGAGGAAGAGGGUGGCUCUGACCAUCGCCCUGUUCCACGUGGCGGGAAAAGUGUUUAUCCACCUGCCGCUGUUGGCACUGCAGCCCUUCUGCACGUUCCUCGCUCUUUCUCUGUUUUGGGUCUACUGGAUCAUGGUCCUCCUCUUCCUCGGCACCACUGGGAACCCGGAGAAGAAUGAGGAUACUGGCCUGGUUGAGUUCAGGCUCACAGGAGCACUGAAGUACAUGACCUGGUACCAUGCAGUGGGACUGAUCUGGAUCAGUGAGUUCAUCCUGGCUUGUCAGCAGAUGACCGUAGCCGGUGCUGUGGUAACCUACUAUUUCACAAGGGACAAAACCAAACUCCCGGUGACGCCCAUCCUGUCAUCAGUGCUGCGGCUGGUGCGGUAUCACCUGGGCACUGUGGCCAAGGGCUCCUUCAUCAUCACCCUCGUCAAGAUCCCACGCCUCAUUCUCAUGUACAUCCACAACCAACUCAAAGGAAAGGAAAACGCUUGUGCACGCUGCAUGCUGAAGGCCUGUAUCUGCUGUCUGUGGUGUCUGGAGAAGUGCCUCAAUUAUUUGAAUCAGAAUGCAUAUGCGGCGACGGCCAUAAACAGCACCAGUUUCUGCACCUCGGCCCGCGAUGCCUUCAUGAUCCUGGUGGAAAACGCUCUUAGGGUGGCAACCAUCAACACCGUUGGAGAUUUUGUUCUCUUUCUGGGCAAGAUCCUGAUCGUGACGUGCACGGCGUUCACUGGGGUGUUAGCGCUGAACUAUCAGAGAGAUUACACCGAGUGGGUCCUGCCGCUCAUCAUCGUGUGUCUGUUUGCGUUCCUGGUGGCACACUGCUUCCUGUCCAUCUUCGAGAUCGUGGUGGACGUGCUCUUCCUCUGCUUUGCCAUCGACACCAAAUACAACAACGGCACACCUGGGAGGGAGUUCUACAUGGACAAGGCCCUGAUGGAGUUUGUGGAGAACAGCAGGAAGUCAAUGGCGAUGGAGGAGCGGGGGCGCAGCAAGCGCGCCCGUCCCAAGGAAGAGGUAGAGUUGACGGAGGUUAAGGCCAUGGUGAGUGGUGACGUGGGCGUGGCAGGGGCGGAGUGGCAGGCCUUGCAGGAGUUCCACCUGUAUUACCUGCUGCUGUGUGUGCUGAUGGACUGGGCCCUGUCGGAGCACACACUGGUUCUCUGCCUCACGCAAGACAUGAUCAUCUUCCUGUCUGUCUGCCUGCCCACCUCCACCCUCUUCUUCCUGGUCACAUUGCUCCAGAACACACCGGUGGCUGCUGCUGCAUGCUGACUAAUGCUUCCACACCUCCUUCAUCCAUCUAUCCUUUCUAUGCAUCGCACUAACAGAGCAUGAACUUCUAUUUUUCUAUCUGUGGAUUAUUAUUUUUUCAUCUUUUUUUUUUUUUUUCAUUCCAUUCUUGCCUCUUCUUUUUAUAAUUGACUGUCUUGAACUCAUAUGGCAGCUAUAAACUGUUCUUAUAUAUCCAUUGCCUUAAAAUCACCAUGUUGCUAUUUGAAGGAAAGAUAAUUGAAACUUCCAAGCUGGAAAAACAAGAUGAGUGGAGAAAAGGAAAGACAUUAUCUCUCACGCUGAUGGUCAUAUUUUCCACAACUCUCAAUUAGCAAAUUAUUGAUGACCACAAAACUCCUUACUUUCUGGAUAAACAAUGGCAAAUUGUGCAGUUUCACUAUCAAAAUGAUAAGUGGGUCAGGAACAACACAGUUUGUUUGGUAGCAUAAUAUUAGGACAGACUGUACAGUAUAUGGGUUGUUGACAUGAAAUGUUAAUCAUUUCUGUGUGACAUUCCUCAAAUUGACUAGUCGGGUGUAUUGUAGGAUGACUAGUCAGUUUUAAAGAAAACCAUCUGACCCUGAUCACUCACUAAUUGACCAUUCAUGCCCCCCCCCCAUGCCAUUCCAAACCCAUAAGACCUUCAUUCAUCUUCAGAACACAAAUUAAGAUAUUUUUGAUUAAAUCCAAGAGCUUUCUGACCCUGCACAGACAGCAACACAACUGACACGUUCAAGGCCCAGAAAAGUAGUAAGGACAUCAUUAAAAUAGUCAAUGUGACAUCAACCGUAAUGUUAUGAAGCUGCAAGAAUACUUCUUGUGUGCAAAUUGGGCUCCAGUGUUCCUUUGGAUCCCAUUGACUUUCAUUGGAUUGUUUUUGGGUGAACUGUAUUUUUACGUGAACUAAAUAUACACUUUUCCUUGCACAAUGCAUGUCAAUUUUAAAACAUACUCAUGUUGUUAAAGCAACUGUAUGUAUGUUUUUUUUUUUUUUUAAAUCUUGAAAUCAUUUAGAUGGUACACUGACUUGAAAUAACAUGGAAGGCGUCUGUUUCUUUCCCAUGCUCUCCCACAAAUGUCUGUUAUAGGAGUAUGAAAGUUUGGUGAGUGGGGAAAUGAAAUUCUGUGGAAACGGUGGAUUGUUUUAUGGCAGCAACAAAUGGACGUGUUUGGUUAUCCACUAUAAUUACAACUAUAAUUCCACUCAGCUGUAGGGGACUCUAAAGUCACAAAAAUACACAAAACUACAUGCAGUUGCUUUAGAAGUUCAUGGUCAUUUUAAAAGUGCACAUUUGUCAACUACCCAUAUACUCUCCAUGUUCCUGAAAUUCUGUUACUAUGAAUAGUGUUGGAUGUGUUUUAGGGCUGAGAAUCUGGUUUCAAGACAGCCUUUAACAUCCAUCAUAACCUCUCCAUAUGCAUGGAUAUGCAUGUUUCUCACACCUGCUUUAUUGCUAUGCAGUUUUAUGGUUUUUAACCCAUUUUUUUUUUUUUUUUUGGCAUUCUGCUGCUUGAAAUUGAUGAAGUGGACUAACUCCUCCAGAUCAGUUGAUUGGUUGUUGGUUUGUUUGUUUUGGAGUAAAUAAGACUAAUAACGUGUUUCUUUCCUGUAGGCUCCCGGGACAAGCUCUGCUUGACCAAAAUCAGCCCAUGGGACUUUUUAAAGACAUUCCAAAAUGUUUAUUUUUACCAAUGUGUAACAUGUUUACUAUGGUUUCACUCCAGGGAAUACAAUAUUUUAAUAAGAAACUGUAAAAAAUGAAAUAACAAUGUAAUGAAGCACUUUAUAUUGGAGCGCUGCAUAUUUUAAAAAGCCUGAUGCAUUUUUCGUAGUGAUGUCCUUUUUAUAAGACUAAAAAAAAAAACCCAGUUGCCAUCUAGUGAAACACAGUAUUAAUAAUGUCUAGAAUCACUGUUUUUAUUAUGUCAAUUUUUCAUAACAAACCUUUUUUUAAUUGGUUUUCUUUGCGUUUUUGAGAAACCCACAUACUGCAGUGCAGCACUUGUUCUUUUUGUUUCAUUCAAUUCAAAUAAUGAAGCAUCUAUGCUUUUUAUUUCUUAAUUUUCAGAAAAGAAAAAAAAUGCUCGGUUGUGUUAUUUUACUAAAAUAACGUUACCAUGCCUGAAAAUGAGGGCCUUGUCCUUGCAUUUCACUUGUGUGUAAAAAAGUUGGUUGGUUGGUUUCCCUCCAAUGGUAGUAAUUUUAGUUUACUGUAAAAUUUUAGUUACUGUAAAAGUCCAAUUUUCCUGCUGUGACUGUUAGUGCUGAUAGAAACUGGGUCUGGUUACCUUAAACUGGGAGGAAGACAUUAAUAGUUUUCGAUUACAAUCCACAGUUGCUGUAACUAUGAGUAUGAGUGACAUUACAACAAAAAGCACAUACAAACCACAAAUGAAACAAACAAUGACAGUUCAGUUACACUACAAGACGAUUGGAAUGGUUAUAAUUAUUAUUUAUUUUUUGGAAGAAGUCUCUUUUGCUCACCAAGGCUGCAUUUAUUUGAUAAAUAAAAUAUAGUAAAAACAGUAAUAUUGUAAUUUAUUACAAUUAAAAAGAACUGUUCUCUAUUUGAAAAAUAUAAUUUAUUCUUAUGAUGAAUUUUCAGCAUCACUAUUCCAGUCUUCAGUGUCACAUGAUCUGUUAUAAAUCAUUCUAAUAUGCUGAUUUGAUGUUCAGGAAACAUUUAUUAUUAUUAUCAAUGUUGAAAACACUUGUGCUGCUUAAUUUUGUUGAGGAAACCAUGGUUACAUUUUACCAAGUUUCUUGAUUGAUAAAUAGAAUGUUCAAAAGAACAGCAUUUAUUCAAUUUUUUUUUUAAUCUAAUAAUUUUUUUCUAAUUCAAACCUUUUGUAUAGUAGUGUAUCUCAGUUUCCACAAAAAUAUGAAGCAGCAAAAACUCUAUUCAGCAUUAAUAAUAAUGAGCACCAAAUCAGCAUAUUAGAAUGAUUUCUGAAGGAUCAUGUGACACUGAAGACGGGAGUAAUGAUGCUGAAAAUUCAGCUGUGCAUUACAGGAAUAAAACUUUAGUAAUAUUUUACGGUAUUACUGUUUCAUGUAUUUUUAAUCAAAUAAAAGCAGCCUUGGUGAGAAUAAGAGAUUCUUUCCAAAAAUGUAAAAUUUUAAUAAUUCCAAACCUUUGAUGUGUACCUAGGAAUGGUUUAUCUUCAGAGCUAAUUCAAAACAAUUCAUCUUUCAAAGAAACACAAGGCUACUCCUGUUCAUAAAUCAGCAGCGGGGCAAUUCUGGUGCUGCGACGUGGCUUGGACGUUGUCUUUGGUUGUUAAAGUAACACGACUUUGCCUCACUCAACAGAAAUUAAGUGCAAGAGCAUCUAUGAUGUUGAUCCACAGCAUAAAGCACUGAUCUCUCCUUGGGUGCGAUUCUUCAUCCAACCUUUAGGGGGUGGGGGAAUGGCGGAAUGUUGCCUUUUCUUUUUGGGGGCGAUAUGUGCUAAUCUUAGCUUUUAUGUAGUUGUCUUUACAGCACAACGUUUGUUCUCUUUCGCUUUGAUUCUUUGCAACCAAUGGAGAGUUUGGACUAUAUCUAGCAAGACGUCUAGGGGCACCGACUUUAAUAUCCGCAUCAAACUUAAGUCUUCCUACUCAUGCAAAGUAUCUUGAAAGGCAACAUAGUUUUAUUUUCUGCUAGACAGUGCAGUGGAAGAGGAGAGUCACAUGAAACUUGUAUUUUGCCUUAACCAAUCAAGUGAAUGUCGCCCCCUGCUGGAUUACAUAGACUAGUUGAGUGCAGAACAGAAACAGCUCAUAAGCCUUAAAAAGAUUAACCAUUCACAGUAAUUUAACUAACCCAUGGAAUGCCAGAGUGUGUUCAGUCUGGCUGAGGAGAAUAUAUAGAAUUUAUUCACGCACAGAGGAAUCUGCAGUCUAUUGAUUUUGUUUUCUAACAAAUGUCAGAUUUAGCAAAAUUGAUGUGUGCAGUUUUUGUAUGGAUGUUUUGAACGUCAUGUUACAUAUUGAUAAAUAUUGACUGAGGAAUA